AUGUUACUUCCGAACAAACAUGCUCUAGGUUGCAAAUGGGUCUUCAAACUCAAGUAUCGUUCUGCCGGAACUUUGGAGCGAUACAAAACUCGUCUCGUUAUCUUUGCAACAAAGAAUUGGGAUUUGUUUCAGACGGAUGUGCAUAAUGCUUUUCUUCAUGGUGAUCUUGAAGAGGAAGUAUACAUGAAACCACCACCUGGUUUCUCUGCUCUGGAUAAAGCAAAGAAUAGGAAGGAUUACUCUUUGUUCUCUUAUACCCGUGGUCCAACUCGUCUUCAUGUCUUGGUGUAUGUUGAUGAGUUAAGCAUCAGCAGCAAUGAUCCCACUCUUACCACUAAAUUCAAGGCUUAUAUGAGUCAAUGUUUUCACAUGAAGGAUCUCGGGAUUCUUAAGUAUUUUCUUGGGAUUAAGGUGUCCCGUGCUCAGGAAGGUAUUUAUCUCUCUCAAAGGAAGUAUGCCUUGGAUAUCAUUUCAGAAUGUGGUUUGACUGGUUCCAAGCCGUUUGAUACACCGAUCGAACAAAAUCACACUCUUGGCAAAGAUGAUGGUCCAUUGCUUGACAAUCCCGCACAAUAUCGCCGUCUAGUGGGUCGUCUGGUUUACUUAAUAUUCACGCGACCUGAGUUAAGUUAUGUGGAACACCCUACUCGGGUGGUUCAAUACUUGAAAGGAACACCCGGACAUGGCGUGUUCUUAAGUUCUGACUCGGAUCUUUCUCUCGUCACCUAUUGUGAUUCUGAUUACAAUACUUGUCCAUUCUCCCGCCGCUCUUUAACUGGUUAUGUGGUUUCUCUUGGUGGUUCUCCAGUGUCUUGGAAAACGAAGAAACAACAGGUUGUCUCUCGUUCUUCGGCUGAAGCCGUAUACAUGGCUAUGUCAAUGGCUCUCUGUGAAGUUAAGUGGCUUAAGGAACUUCUUCUCACUUUCGGUGUCACACAUUCUGCUCAUGUUGCUUUCUUUUGUGAUAAUGAAGCAGCUCUUCACAUUGCUGCUAACCCAGUCUUCCACGAAUGCACCAAACAUAUCGAAAGUGAUUGUCAUUUUGUUCGUGAUGCGGUUCAAGAUGGUACCAUUUCUACUCAUCACGUUUUUUCCGAGGAGCAGGUUGCGGAUUUUCUUAUUAAAGCACUUGGUCGACAACAAUUUGACUAUCUACUCCGCAAGAUGGGAGUUCGUGAUCUCCACUCACCAUCUUAA